UGCAUGCUGUGCGUCCGUUCGUCCGAGGACUUCCCGUGGUCCGAUCUUGACCAAAUUUGAUUGAUGCUGGUCUGCAAGCCAGAAUCGACGAAUUCCUUACGGAUUGGGAAAGCAGCAAACCCGUGGAAGGAAGAUUGCAUCCUGAUGAAGCUCUUCAACAGCUCAAGAUCUAUGAAACCAGGUUUACUCGUUUGAAGGAGGAGCGUGACAAUGUGGCGAAGGCCAAGGAGGCUCUGGAACUUCAGGAGCCUGGUGGUAUGAACACAUCUGAAGAUCGAAUGCAAGUUGUAUUUAAAGAGCUCCAAGAUCUUCGCGGUGUUUGGUCUGAAUUGUCUCGUAUCAGGUCUCAGAUUGAUGAGUUACGAGAGAAACCCUGGCUGUCAGUUCAACCCCGUAAACUGCGUCAACAGUUGGAUACCUUGAUGUCUCAACUCGAAGAAUUAUCUGCUCGUCUGAGGCAAUAUUCGCCUUGUGAAUAUGUUACACGCACUCUGCAGAGCUACACCAAGGUGAAUGUGAUGAUUGUGGAACUGAAAUCUGAUGCCUUAAAGGAACGUCACUGGAAGCGCCUCAUGAAACAGUUGCGUGUUUCUUGGGUCCUGUCUGACUUGACUCUUGGUCAAGUCUGGGAUGUAAACCUUCAAAAGAAUGAAUCUGUUGUCAAAGACAUCAUUCUUGCAGCUCAAGGAGAGAUGGCUCUGGAAGAGUCCUUGAAGAAGGUGCGUGAGUCAUGGCAGAGUUAUGAACUUGACCUCGUCAAUCACCAAAACGAGUGUAGACUCAUUACGGGUUGGGAUGACCUCUUCAACAAAGUGAAGGAGCAUAUCGAUGCCAUUGGGGCUAUGAAGUUGUCUCGGUGCUACAAGGUGGUUCAAGAAGAAGCUUUUACAUGGGAGGAGACGUUAUACCGCAUCAAUACACUUUUCGAUGUCUGGAUUGAUGUUCAAAGAAGAUGGGCAUACUUGGAGGGAAUCUUCUCAAGAAGUGGUAAUAUCAAAACACUCCAACCUCUGAAAACUGCUCAUUUCCAGAGUCCCAGCUCUGAGUUCGUAGGAUUGAUGAAGAGGGUUUCAAAGUCACCAAUGGUAAUGGAUGUCUUGAACAUCCCUGAUGUUCAGCGUGUGCUAGAGCGUCUCGCUGACCUGUUAGAAGAAACUCAAAAAGCCCUCGGAGAGUACUUGGAACGGGAAAGGACAUCAUUCCCGAGGUUUUACUUCGUCGGAGAUGAAGAUUUACUUGAGAUCAUUGGUAAUGGCAACAACAUUCCCCAAAUAAGCAAGCACCUCACCAAGAUGUUUGCUGGAGUUGCGAAGUUUAUCUUGAACAAAGACAAUACCGUCAUCACAGGCAUAGCCUCUAGGGAAGAAGAGGUGACCUUUACGACUCCUGUCUCUACCAAAGAACAUCCGCAGGUGAAUGAGUGGCUCUCCCUAGUGGAGAAAGAGAUGAGAGUCACACUGGCCUCUCGUUUGGCUGAAGCUGUUCAAGACAUCAAGCAAUUUAAGGAGGGGUCCAUUGACCCUAAUGCUUACAUGAAGUGGUGUGACAAAUAUCAAGCGCAGAUUGUUGUUUUAGCAGCACAAAUUCUGUGGAGUGAAGAUGUGGAAAGUGCUCUCCACCAGAUUGCCAGUACAGGUGGUGAACCGAACAUGGCUCCUUUGGAAAGUGUGUGGGGCCAGGUUCAAAAAACUCUUAAUGUACUGGUCGAUUCGGUUUUGCAAAAACAACCAGAACUUCGACGCAAGAAGCUUGAGCAUCUCAUCAACGAAUUUGUCCACAAGCUCACAGUGACAAGGAGAUUAAUUGAUAACAAAACGUCUGGGCCUAAAGCUUUUGAGUGGCUCUGUGAAAUGAGGUUCUACUUUGAUGCAAGACAGACUGAAGUGUUGCAGCAAUUGACCAUCCACAUGGCAAAUGCUAAGUUCUUUUAUGGCUUUGAGUAUCUGGGUGUGCAGGAUCGCUUGGUUCAGACUCCGCUAACAGACACUUGCUACUUGACCAUGACGCAGGCGCUUGAAGCUCGUCUUGGAGGUUCUCCAUUUGGACCUGCUGGUACAGGAAAAACUGAAUCAGUUAAAGCACUUGGUCAUCAACUGGGAAGAUUGGUUCUGGUUUUCAAUUGUGAUGAAACAUUUGACUUCCAAGCUAUGGGAAGAAUUUUUGUUGGUCUCUGUCAAGUUGGAGCAUGGGGUUGCUUUGAUGAGUUUAAUCGACUUGAGGAGAGAAUGCUUUCAGCGGUUUCACAGCAGGUGCAAACAAUUCAGGAAGCUCUGAAAUCUCAACAAGAUGGCAAGAAAGAAGGAAUGAUCUCUGUGGAGCUUGUCGGGAAGCAAGUUAAAGUGUCAACAGAUAUGGCCAUUUUCAUUACCAUGAAUCCUGGUUAUGCUGGACGUUCAAAUCUACCUGAUAACUUGAAGAACCUCUUCAGGUCUCUUGCCAUGACUAAACCAGACAGACAACUCAUUGCUGAAGUGAUGUUGUUCUCUCAGGGCUUCCGCUCUGCAGAAAAGCUUGCCUGCAAAAUUGUGCCUUUCUUCAAGCUUUGCGAUGAACAGCUUUCUAAUCAAUCUCACUAUGACUUUGGUCUAAGAGCUCUUAAAAGUGUGUUGGUAUCUGCUGGAAAUGUGAAGCGCGAUCGCAUCCAGAAAAUUAAAGAAGAUAUGAAGUCUCGUGGAGACUCAAACAUUGAUGAAGCAAUGAUUGCUGAGAACCUCCCAGAGCAAGAGAUUCUGAUCCAGUCUGUGUGUGAGACCAUGGUGCCCAAGCUGGUGGCUGAGGACAUUCCCCUGCUGUUCUCCCUGCUUUCUGACGUGUUCCCCAAUGUGGAGUACACGAGAGCAGAGAUGGCCGGACUCAAAGAAAAAAUAAGAAAGGUCUGCCAGGAGGAGUAUCUUGUAUGUGGAGAGGGAGAAGAACAGGGAGGUGCUUGGAUGGAAAAGAGAUACGCAGGAGAAACAUGGGUUGAGAAGGUUCUUCAAUUAUAUCAAAUUUGCAAUCUUAAUCAUGGACUGAUGAUGGUAGGCCCAAGUGGAUCAGGCAAGAGUACUGCCUGGAAGGUACUUCUUCGCUCGCUGGAAAGACUGGAAGGCACCGAAGGAGUCGCUCAUGUUAUUGACCCCAAGGCCAUUUCCAAAGAAGCCUUGUACGGUGUUCUUGACCCCAACACUCGAGAAUGGACUGAUGGUCUCUUUACUCACAUCCUGAGAAAAAUAAUUGAUAAUGUGAGGGGAGAAAUUAACAAGCGCCAAUGGAUUAUAUUUGAUGGUGAUGUCGACCCAGAGUGGGUUGAAAAUUUGAACUCUGUCCUUGAUGACAAUAAACUGCUAACAUUGCCUAAUGGAGAACGUCUGUCCCUGCCACCUAACGUUCGGAUCAUGUUUGAGGUUCAAGAUCUGAAGUAUGCAACUUUAGCCACUGUGUCUCGUUGUGGUAUGGUUUGGUUCUCUGAAGAUGUCCUGUCAACAGAAAUGAUAUUUGAAAAUUACAUGUUGAAACUUCGAAACAUUCCUCUGGAGGAAUCAGAGGAUGACAGUCUGGGCAAUUUCAAAUCCAGCACUGAGAAGGAUGAUGAUCUGCAGAUUCAAAGAGAUGUUAGCACCAUUCUUCAGCCCUACCUUUCACCUGAUGGCCUUGUUGUGAGAAGCUUGGAGUACGCCAUGAAGCAAGAACACAUCAUGGACUUCACUCGCCUUCGGGCUCUCAGCUCCCUUUUCUCCAUGCUCAACCAAGGUGUUAGGAAUGUCCUUGCCUACAACCAUUCUCAUUCAGACUUCCCUCUGACAAGUGAACAGUUGGAUAGCUACAUUCCUAAGUGUUUAGUAUAUGCACUUCUUUGGAGCUUUGCUGGAGAUGCUAAGCUUAAAGGACGUUCUGACUUGGGUGAUUUCAUUCGUUCAAUCACAACAGUUCCCUUGCCCCCUACAAGUUCAUUUCCAAUUAUCGACUAUGAGGUGACUGUUGUUGGUGAAUGGAGUCCAUGGUCUAACAAAGUAUCCCAAAUUGAAGUGAAAACCGACCAAGUUGCUGCUCCAGAUGUGGUUGUCCCCACCCUGGACACUGUCCGGCAUGAGUCUCUGUUGUACACUUGGUUAGCAGUGCACAAGCCCCUUGUCUUAUGUGGGCCCCCUGGUUCAGGAAAGACCAUGACUCUGUUCUCUGCUCUUCGAGCACUGCCUGACAUGGAAGUGGUUGGUCUCAACUUUUCAUCAGCCACAACUCCUGAGUUGCUUUUGAAGACUUUUGACCACUACUGUAAAUACAGAAAGACUCCCAAUGGUGUUGUGUUGUCUCCAGUACAGCUUGGAAAAUGGCUUGUUCUGUUCUGUGAUGACAUUAAUUUGCCUGAUAUGGACAAGUAUGGAACACAACGUGUUAUUUCAUUCCUCCGUCAACUUGUUGAACACCGUGGGUUCUAUCGAAGCUCAGACCAGGCAUGGGUUUCUUUAGAGCGCAUUCAGUUUGUUGGGGCUUGUAACCCUCCCACUGACCCUGGAAGAAAACCGUUGUCUCACAGAUUCUUGAGACAUGUCCCAGUCAUUUAUGUUGACUACCCUGGAGAGACCUCUCUAAAGCAGAUUUAUGGAACAUUCAGUAGAGCAAUGUUGCGGCUCAUACCUCCACUUCGUGGCUUUGCCGAGCCCCUUACAAAUGCUAUGGUCGAGUUCUAUCUUGUAUCACAGGAAAAGUUCACUCAAGAUAUGCAGCCCCACUAUGUGUACUCUCCAAGAGAAAUGACCAGAUGGGUUCGUGGUAUUUGUGAAGCUAUCAGACCUCUUGAAACUCUCAAUGUGGAGGGUUUGGUACGCCUGUGGGCCCAUGAAGCCCUUCGUCUGUUCCAAGACCGUUUAGUAGAUGAUUCAGAGCGAAGGUGGACGAAUGAAACUAUUGAUGUAGUGGCUCAGAAACAUUUCUCUGGCCUUGAUAAGUCGCAGGCCCUUGCUCGACCCAUCUUGUACAGCAACUGGCUUUCAAAGUCAAAGGACUACGUUCCUGUGAACAGGGAAGAACUCAGGGAAUACGUCAAGGCCCGCCUUGAAGUUUUCUAUGAAGAAGAGUUGCGCGCGAAGAGUGAAGAAGAGUUGGAUGUCCAGCUGGUGCCAUUUGAUGAAGUACUAGAUCAUGUUUUGCGCAUUGACAGAAUUUUCCGACCAUCUCACGGGCAUCUGCUUCUCAUUGGUGUUUCUGGUGCAGGCAAGACCACUCUCUCUAGAUUUGUUGCUUGGAUGAAUCGCCUCUCUAUCUUCCAAAUUAAGGUUCACAACAAGUACACUGGUGAGGACUUUGAUAAAGAUUUGCGUGCUGUGCUCAGACGCUCUGGCUGUAAGGAUGAGAAGAUUGCCUUCAUCUUAGAUGAAUCUGAUGUGCUAGAUUCAGGAUUCCUGGAAAGAAUGAACUCUCUUGUCAAUGGAGAAGUUCGUUGUCUGUUUGAAGGUGAUGAGUACACUACAUUGAUGACUCAGUGCGAAGAGGGUGCCCAGAGGGAAGGUCUCACGUUGGGCUCUAAGGAGGAGCUUUAUAAGUGGUUCACUGGCCAAGUGAUGCGCAACCUCCAUGUCGUUUUUACAAUGAACCCAUCCUCUGAGGGUUUGAAAGACCGCGCCGCCACUUCUCCCGCAUUGUUUAAUCGAUGCGCGGUAGAUUGGUUUGGAGACUGGUCUGAUGGAGCCUUGUUCCAGGUGGGCAAGGAAUUCACCAAUACCGUCGAUCUUGAUCGCCCAAGCUGGAAAGCGCCAGACUUCUUCCCAUCUGUGCACGCUGGACUGCCAGCACAGCCGUCUCACCGUGAGGCAGUAAUAAAUGCCUGCGUGUAUGUCCAUCAGACACUCCACAAAGCCAAUGCAAGACUUGCCAAGCGAGGCAGCAGGACGAUGGCCAUCACUCCAAGGCAUUACCUGGACUUCAUCCAUCAUUUUGUCAAGCUGUACGCUGAAAAGCGCUCAUUUUUGGAAGAACAGCAACUUCAUUUAAAUGUUGGUCUUAACAAAAUUGCUGAGACUGUCUUACAAGUUGAAGAAAUGCAGAAGUCUUCAGAAGUUAAAUCUCAGGAGCUAGCAGCCAUGAAUGAAGCGGCCAAUGCGAAGCUCGAGCAGAUGGAGAAAGAUCGGCAGGAGGCUGAAAAGAAAAAGGUUGAGAGUCAAGACAUCCAGGCUGAUAUUGAGAGGCAAACUGUGGACAUUUCAGAAAAACGAGAUGCUGUGAAGAUGAAAUUGGCACAGGUUGAACCUGCAGUCAUCGAUGCCAAGCAAGCUGUGCAACAAGUUAACAAGAAAGUUGUGGUUGAACUUCGAUCCAUGGCGAAUCCACCUGCCAUAGUUAAAUUUGCUUUGGAGUCUAUCUGUGUAUUGUUGGGACAGAAAUCAACUCAGUGGAAGGACGUACGGGCCACUGUGAUGAGGGAGGACUUCAUUGACAGGGUUCUAAACGUAAAGAAUAUUACUGAUGAUGUUAUACAGAAGAUGCAUGAUAAGUAUCUCAAUAAUCCGGAUUAUACUUUUGACAAAGUAAGUCAUGGCAGUCAGGCUUGUGGACCUCUGGUGAAUUUUGCCAUUGCUCAGGUUCGGUAUGCAAAGAUAUUGAGGAAAGUUGAGCCCCUUAAAAAGCAGCAAUGUGCUCUUGAAAAGGAAGCUACUGAAAACAAAAAUAGGGGUGAGGAGGUGAAAAACAGGAUAGCCCAGCUUGAGAGCAGCAUAGCUUGCCAUACCCAACAACAUGCCCAGCUCAUCUCCCAAGCUGAGGGCAUGAAGACGGACUUGGAGAAUGUGCAGGCCGAGGUGAAACGCUCAGAGGCACUCUUGAAUUCCCUUGUCAGUGAGAGUGGGAGAUGGGAAACAUCAAGUCAAACGUUCAGGUCUCAAAUGUCAACUAUCUUUGGAGAUGUUUUGCUUUCGUCUGCAUUCCUGGCCUAUGCCGGUUAUUUUGACCAACAUUGUCGUCAAAACUUAUUUAAAACAUGGAGUUGUCAUCUUAAGCAAGCCGGCCUGCAAUUCUGUCCUGAUAUCUCUAGGACAGAGUAUCUUUCCAAUCCUGACAAGAGGCUUCGUUGGCAGGCCAAUUCUUUACCUACUGAUGAUCUGUGCACGGAAAAUGCUAUUAUGUUGGAUCGCUUAAACCGGUUCCCAUUGAUAAUUGACCCAUCUGGGCAGGCUACUGAAUUCCUAAUGAACGAGUUCAAACAUAAAAAUAUCUCCAAAACAUCUUUCUUGGAUAAGUCAUUCCAUAAGAAAUUGAAAUCUGCUCUCAGCGCUGGUUACCCACUGCUUGUCGAGGAUGUUGAAAAUUAUGAUCCUAUUCUGAACCCUGUGCUGAACAGAGAGUGGCGCCACACGGGUGGCCGUGUUCUCAUUACUCUGGGCGAUGAAGAGAUUGAUUUGUCACCUUCAUUCAACAAUAUCUUCUUGUCAACUCGAGACCCAAAAGCGGAAUUCCCUCCGCAUAUCUGUUCUCGAGUUACAUUUGUCAAUUUCACUGUUACCCGCAGCUCACUGCAGAGUCAGUGCUUGAGUCAAGUAUUGAAGGCUGAGAGACCGGAUAUUGACAAGAAGAGGUCAGAUCUUCUCAAGCUGCAAGGUGAAUUCCACCUAAGGCUGAGGCAGUGUGAAAAGAGCUUGCUUCAGGCGUUGAAUGAUGCAAAGGGGAAGAUACUGCAUGAUGACAGUGUGAUAACCGCUUUAGAAACGCUGAAGCAUGUGGCUGCUGAAAUCAGCCAGAAGGUGGAAGAGACUGACAAGGUCAAUGCGGAAAUUGAAACAGUGUCUCAACAGUACAUGCCGCUCUGUCAAGCGUGCAGUAACAUCUAUUUCACCAUGGAUAGCUUAAACCAAAUCCACUUCCUGUACCAAUAUUCGCUCCAGUUCUUCCUGGACAUCUUCAGCUCCGUCUUGCACAGCAACCCUCGCCUCCAGAAUGUGACUGACUACAACCAGCGGCUGGCGGUGGUGACCAAGGACCUGUUAGGCGUGUGCUACGAGCGCGUGGCCAGGGGCAUGCUGCACACGGACCGGCUCACCUUCGCCAUCCUGCUGUGCCGCAUCCACCUCAAGGGCGUGCCCAACGAGGCCAGCCUGGACUCGGAGUUCACGUUCUUCCUGCGCGGCAAGGAGGGCAUGCUCAACUCGUCGCCGCCGGCCAUCGAAGGGCUGAACCAGGAGCAGAUCGAGGCCGUGGUGCGCCUGUCGUCGCGCAUUAAUGCUUUCAAGAACCUGUCCAAGAAGAUCAAGGACUCGCCGGAGUUCCCCGGCUGGCUGCAGCAGAGCUCGCCCGAGCAGUGUGUGCCCGCGCUGUGGGAGGAGGACAAGGAGCUGAGCGCCGUGGCCGUGGCCAUGCACAACCUGCUGCUGAUCCAGGCCUUCCGGCCCGACAGGGUGAUCGCCGCGGGGCUGGCCCUGGUGGCCGCCGUGCUCGGCGAGGAGUUCAUGGUGGCGGCGGACCGCGAGCUGGACCUGGCGACCAUCGUGGACGCCGAGCUCCGCGCCAACGUGCCGGCCCUGCUGUGCUCGGUGCCUGGCUACGACGCGUCCGGCAGGGUGGACGACCUGGUCGCCAAGCUGCGCAAGCAGAUCGUCGCCAUCGCCAUCGGCUCGGCCGAAGGCUUCAACCAGGCCGACCGCGCCAUCAACCAGGCGGUGCGCUCGGGCCGCUGGGUGCUGCUCAAGAACGUGCACCUGGCGCCGCAGUGGCUCGUGCAGCUCGAGAAGAAGUUGCACUCGUUGGAGCCCCACCCAGGCUUCAGGCUUUUCCUCACUAUGGAGAUGAACCCCAAGGUGCCGGUCAACUUGCUGAGAGCGGGCCGCAUCUUCGUGUUUGAAUCGCCGCCAGGCAUCAAGGCCAACUUACUGCGGACCUUCAGCACUGUGCCUGCUUCUCGCAUGAUGAAGGCCCCGAGCGAGCGAGCUCGGCUCUACUUCCUGCUGGCCUGGUUCCAUGCCAUUGUCCAGGAACGUCUACGCUACGUUCCUCUGGGCUGGGCCAAGUACUAUGAAUUCAAUGAAUCUGACCUGAGAGUUGCCUGUGAUACUCUAGACACCUGGAUAGAAGCUACUGCAAUGGGUAGGACCAACUUGCCGCCAAAGGAAGUUCCCUGGGAUGCCCUAGUUACCCUGCUGUCUAAAUGUAUUUAUGGAGGCAAGAUCGACAACGAGUUUGACCAGCGGCUAUUGAAAUGUUUGUUGGCCAAGCUCUUCACCCCGGCUAGUUUUGAGGGUGACUUUGCUCUUGUCGCCAAUGUGGAUGGGGUUGGUGGAGGCCCUGGGGGACAACGGCACAUCACCAUGCCUGAUGGCACCACGAGGGACCACUUCCUGCACUGGAUUGAGGCGCUCUCCGACAGGCAGACACCCUCCUGGCUGGGACUUCCCAACAACGCGGAAAAGGUUCUGCUCACCACAAGAGGAACGGACCUGGUCGGCAAGCUGCUCAAGAUGCAGCAACUGGAGGACGACGACGAGCUGGCCUACUCCAGCGAGGAGGGCCUGGACCAGACGCGCGAGUCUCUCGGGGACGGCGGCCCGUCCUUGAUGGACAUGCUGAAAGAAUCGGCCGAGUCCAUGGAGGAUCUGCUGCAGCAGCUGUCCACGAUGCGGCCCAUUGUCGAGGAGCCCAUCAAGGACCCCCUGUGCCGCUACUUCGAGCGCGAAGUCAACUCGGCCGUCAAUCUGCUUCGCGACGUGGUCUGCGACCUGCAGGUCAUAGGGCGCGUUUGCCGGGGCAAGAAGAAGCAGACCUACCACCGCACCAUGCUGAGCGACCUGGUGAAGGGCAUCAUUCCGCCCAGCUGGCGCCGCUACACGGUGCCCGACGGCUGCACCGUCAUCCAGUGGCUCAAGGACUUGUGCUCGCGCGUCGCGCAUUUGAGUCAGGUGUCGCUGCUGAUGUCGGAGGGCGGCGCCGAGAAGGUCAAGACCCACCCCGUGUGGUUGGGCGGCCUGCUCAACCCAGAGGCCUACAUCACCGCCACGCGGCAGUGCAUCGCGCAGGCCAACAGCUGGUCGCUGGAGGAGCUGGUCCUGGACGUGACCAUCUGCGACGGCCAGCAGGCCAGUCAGCUGCCCAACGAGUGCUUCCGCGUGACGGGGCUCAAGCUGCAGGGCGCCUACUGCAAAAACAACCAGCUGCUGCUGGCCACCACCAUCAUGACAGACUUGCCCACCACGCUGCUGCGCUGGGUGCGUGUGGCGCCCGGCACCGAGGUGCGCUCCUCAAAGCUGUCCCUGCCCGUGUACCUCAACUCGACGCGCACGGAGCUGCUGUUCACAGUGGACCUCAACCUUGCCCCCGGCCAGAACCAGCACAGCUUUUACGAGCACGGUGUCGCCGUGCUCACGUCGACGGCACUCAACUGAAUUUGUUCACCUCCGUUUGGAAUGAGGCUUUUAGUCAUGUUUUUUAUUAUGCAACUUAUUUUUGUGUAUUUUAAUUCUAUUUUAAUUUUAUUUAAUUUUAUUUAAUUUUAUUUACCUUGUAAGUAAGCCUAAGCAGAAUUCAAUUCUUCAGUACAUGGUGGCCAAUUCUGAAUAAAAACGAUUGUCAACUCUUUUUUAAAACUUUCUGCAUUUUGAAGAAACCAGGACCAUUUCUUUUGUGAUGUAUUGUUUCAAUGUUUGACCUUGAAUAUUAAUGUGUGAUAAAAUGGACUAUUAGGUUCUGAACAGUUUUAUAUAUUCAAUGUUUC